AUGAAUGAUGCGGCCCAGAAGCUCAAUCGAAAAUAUUGGAACGAUAAUGAUGGCCAAGACACUGAUAGGAUCUCCCGGCCGGAAGGCCCAGUCCUGCUACUGGGAAUUUCACAGAUGAUGGACAUGGCGGAGCUUUUAAAUGCACUACCGCCUCGCGAAACUGCAGAUCUGCUCGUCGAUCGCUGUCUGAACUCCAGGGAACCAUCGCUAAUCAUCAUUCACGCUCCGACGUUCAAAAGCGAAUACCUGAGAUUCUGGGAUAACCCCGCCGGAGCACCGGUCGCUUGGAUCGCAUUAUUGUAUUCAAUCCUCUCUUGUGGGAUAUACAUCCAGCAUACGGCAGAUCCGAAAGUGUCCUCACUAGACUUGCCUCGAGCAUUCUAUGUGUACCGUAAUAAUGGUGCAGUUGCGUUGGCGAAGUCAAAUUUCGCUACUCCGGGCCUUUAUAAAGUUGAAGCAUCCAUCUUAUACCUCGGCAUCGAGUAUCUCCAAAGUAACGAUCACAAAACAGGACUCCCAAUGUUACUCAGCAUUGUGUCGCGACUAGCAAUAAUGAUGGGAUAUCAUCGAGAUCCUCAGCUCUACCAUCUCCAGAUAUCGAGUUUUGAAGCAGAAAUGCGGCGCAGAGCAUGGCUUGUAUUGAUCACAAUCGACUCCGUACUCGCAUGGCAUACAGGUCUACCCCGGGUUAUUAGCCAGAGUCUAGGCGAUGUGAGGCGCCCCAGAAACCUUCUGGAUAGCGACUUUGGCCCGGAAACUACUGUCCUUCCGCCUUCGCGCCCCGCAGAUGAGGUGGCCAGCAACAUUGUAUACAUGUCGGCAAUGGAGCAGAUGUUGUCUGUUGCCAACCAAGUCGGCGACAAGGCUUCACAUCCUUCCCUACUCCCCGAAAGGACUCUUGAAUUAAAUAUGAAACUGGAAAAUACCAAAAGUCGCUUGCCUAGAAUACUUCAGUUGCAGUCUCCAGAGAUACGGGCAUCAGAUGACGAGACUGUGAUCAAACAAUACUGUUUGGAAAUAACGUACCAGCGCGCGCGAUGCAUAUUACAUCGCCAUUACUUGACGGCCCUUUAUCCAGAGCCUCAUAGGGGACUAAGGUCCGUGUGCGUGGAUGCAGCCCGGCAGGUUCUAACUCUGUAUUCUGAACUAUUCCAAGUUCUGGCCAAAACACAUAAUCAGCAGCUAGCGUGGUUUGGGGCAUCUCGCUCAAAUUCCGAUUGCUUGACAGCUGCUAUGGUAAUAUCAUUGGAAGUCAUAACACAAUCGAAAUAUGGCAGAACUGUGGGAAUUACACCCCAGGGUGAUCUCAUUGAGCUAUUGAAGGCCUCCCAAAUAUCCCGGAGGAGCUCACCAAGACCAUCAUCGGAGACCCUCAAAGCUGCAGGUAUAAUUGGUACAAUGCUAGAUCUAUUAGGAUAUGGUGGGGUGGGUCCCUUGCUUGCCUCGUAUGGGGCUCAAGAAGAGCAGCAUAGUCGUAGAGCAAGCACAGAGGCGUUCUUACAGUCCCCAAGUAUGAUGCAUGACAUACUGACGGGGGAUUCUGCGUUGGAAAUGUUUGACUGGGCCCUUUGGGAUCAUGAGAUGCAAUAUCUGAGUGCGGUGGAAAAUUAA